ACUUGUCCUCUUCCGGUCGCAUUGAACGGCGCUGCCAGGUCUGACAAACACAGUUUGAACGGAGCCUCUGCAGCUAUAGAUCCCCCGCCAUGGCUCCAUAACCGCGCGGAGGAAGCCACGGUGUCGUGCUCGGUAGGUGUCCGGAGCCAGUCGACUCCCUCCCGCCGCCGUUAGAGCCCCGAGAGCCCCGGCCGGCCUGCGUGUGGAGGCCGCCAUGAGCUCCGACGCGGACGGGUCGCAGGACAGGCCCGACGACCUGGACGACGACUCGGAGGAUGAAAUCGCCCCGAGGGUGUCUCCAUCUCCUCCGGGGAGCAGCGCCAGGUCUGCGGGGUCGGGAGAGCGAGAGUCCCGCUGCGAGCCGCCCGCCGCGCCUCCGCCUCCUCCAGGGGGCCGUGAGGGCUCCAGCGCGGAGCUCCGCCGUGGGAACAGCCUGUUUUCGUGGCUGCAGAGCAGGACUAUAAGGCGGGGGUUGUUUGUGGACCCCGCUCGGGAGAACUUCAGGACCAUGACCAGUUUGUACUGCUCCAUGAACCCGGCUGCAGAGUCUGUGAACCUCAGCACGCAGACACACGGAGCCGUGUUCAACCUGGAGUACUCCCCAGAUGGGUCUGUGCUGACUGUGGCCUGCGAGCAGACUGAAGUCCUGCUGUUUGAUCCCAUCUCGUCCAAACACAUCAAAACCCUGACGGAGGCCCACGAGGACUGCGUCAACAACAUAAGGUUUUUGGACAAUCGCUUGUUUGCCACCUGCUCCGACGACACCACCAUUGCAUUAUGGGAUCUCCGUAAGCUGAAUUCUAAGGUUUGCUCGCUGCACGGCCACGCCAGCUGGGUGAAGAACAUCGAGUACGACACCAACACCCGUCUCCUCGUCACGUCCGGCUUCGACGGCAACGUCAUCACGUGGGACACUAACAGGUUUACAGAAGACGGCUGCCCGCACAAAAAGUUCUUCCACACCCGUUACCUGAUGAGGAUGCGUCUGACGCCCGACUGUUCCAAGAUGCUCAUCUCCACUUCCUCGGGGUAUCUGCUCAUCCUCCACGACCUGGACCUCACCCAGUCCCUGGAGGUGGGCAGCUACCGCAUGCUGCGAGCGCGACGGACGCCCCUCACCUCAGAUGGAGGCACCUCAGCGUCCAGGUCGGCUGGAACUCCUCGCCAGGGAAAUGACUCCAGCAAGAUCCACCCUCCUAGAGAAGGUCUUUCUCCUAGAAACAGCCUGGAGGUCUUGACUCCAGAGAUCCCCGGAGAGAGAGACCGAGGGAACUGCAUCACCUCCCUGCAGCUCCAUCCGAAGGGCUGGGCCGCGCUCAUCCGCUGCUCCAGCAACAUGGACGACCAGGAGUGGACGUGUGUGUACGAGUUCCAGGAUGGAGCGCCCACCCGCCCGCUGGUCUCCCCCCGCUGCUCCCUCCGCCUCACCCACUACAUCGAGGAGGCCAACGUCGGCAGGGGCUACAUCAAAGAGUUGUGCUUCAGCCCGGACGGACGGCUCAUCUGCUCCCCGUACGGCUACGGCGUCCGCCUGCUGGCCUUCGACGAGAACUGCGGCGAGCUGGUCGACUGCAUGCCCGUCCAGACCAGCUGCCUCAGGGAGAUCCGCUCCAUCUACUCGCACAGCGACGUGGUGCUCACCACCAAGUUCUCCCCGACACACUGCCAGCUGGCCUCGGGCUGCCUCAGCGGACGCGUCGCCCUUUACCAGCCCAAGUUUUAGCGACCGGUGCUGUCAGAGAUCAUGGCGCUGCAGACCUGGGUAAAGAAGCGCUCAUCAGGGUUCCUGCAGAGAAAAUGUUCCAGAAUACUGUUCAUACAAACCACUUUUCUUUGAUUUUAAACUCCUAACAUCUAAUAUAUGCAGAACGACUUUAUCUGCAUAGUAAUCUGGCUUCCUGCUAUCCUCUGUUAUAAAUUAUAUCAAAACAAUCAAAGUAAUUUAAAUUUUUCAAUGAAUCUGCAUCUUUAGAAACCCUGAAACACAUUUCCCAGCAUUUGUUUUAAAGUGCUCAAGUGGACCAGCUGGGUGGGAAUUACUGCAUGCAGAUAUUUGAAAUAGUCUGACAUGUGGCAUAAAUGGAAUUGUGUGAUUUCUCCGGACCCUCUGCCAGACAAUCUGAACAGAAAAACUCCACCCAUCUGGUACCCAAAAAAAGGAUAAAAAAUUAAAUAUUUUAAGCGCUUCUACACCCAGGCCUGCAGCUGACACCUGAAAGGAAAAAAACAAAAAGAAGAAGACUUCAGCCUUGACCAGGCUGCAGGAGUGGAUUUAAAUUUAAAGCCUCUUUGACCCUGAACUUUAAGGGAAAAAAAGAGCAUUUGGGGCUUUGAAAAGCAGACUCCCAUCCAGACUGAGGAGCGUGUUGGAAGUCCAAACUGUGGCUCUUUUUCCUACUAAAGUUUUGGUCUCAAAAGCAGUAGAAAACUUUGACUUAUUUUGAGCCUCAACACAUCCAGAUGUUGCCGUCUGGGGACAAAAACACUAAGGAUGCAAACAAACUGACAGAUGUUAAUCCAACCAACACGACGAACAAGAAACAAGGCGCUUUAGUCUGUCGUCUGCGCUGCCGUUGAUCUUCUUGCUCCGCUCUGCUUAUGCCUUUUUCACAGGUGCUGCUUCUCUGCUCAUACAAUCUGAUCUUUGACCCCCCCCCGACUUCAAAGGACCUCAUCAUCAACGCCUCUACUCGCCUGUUUCUCUCUGUUUUCCGUCUCCACCCUGUUUUCUGCCUUCAUGGUCUUUAGUGGUUUAGGUUUUUUUUAGUGGUUUUAUUGGCGUAUUAAUGUCGGCACUAGUUGUUCACAGUGUUCAUUUGAUUCAACACGAUUCACUUUUUGCCAUUGUUCAGGAUUAGCUACGUUGGAAUCACUUCUCAUUUCCCUUUCACAGUUUGUGGGUUUUUAUCUUAAGCCUGUGAAUGAAAACUUUAUGCUGUCUGGACAAUAGAAACGUCCAGCUGCUGUCAUUUUCUCAGCUUUCAAAGUAUCCCACCUUGACAUUUUCCAGAUCCACUUUCUGUGCAAAACGCUAUUGCAAGAUUUUCAUACUUUUGUGGAGAAAAUGCCUUUUUUGCAAUUACAUAUUUCUUCCCCUUACAGAUGAGAAGGCUGGCAUUAUUCUUCACAGUAGUCCGUAUCAGGAGACUACCACACCUUGUCUGAGCCCAUUGGUCCUUACUGAAUACAUAAAUCCUUAAAAAGAAAACAAAUUCUGUUAAUGUCCACAGUAAUGAAGGGACAUGUCACUCAGUGCAACUGAGCUGCUCGCUGACGUGCUUUUAAUAGUUUUUUGAUAACAAUUGAUCUCUAUUAUUGUAGUAUUUGGUCAAGCAGACACAAUCAACGCUUUGAACAAUGUAGAAUAUUGCCCAGCCUCGUCCUUCAAUUUAACAGCUUGUUGACUUUUUGUCCAACAUUUUUUGUCAGAAGAAAUUGCCUCAGAAUUAUUUGUUUAACCUUUUAUAGGAUGAAGUGUUGCCAAGAAACAUUUGACUUAAAUUUCGAUCUUGCACCUCAUUUUGUUGGUUUUUGAGUGUUGAUCCACUUCAGUGAUUGGUUUGUCUUUCUCCCCCCUGAAUCACAUUCAGUUUAGUGUUGUCAUAAAGGUUACCAAUCAGGACAGAAUGGAUUGCUAUAACUAGUAUCAACAAUGAUUGCGUUUAUCUUUCAAACCAGUGUAGUAUAGCUGCAGUAGGAGCCGAGCAAACGCAUGGAUGUCAAACCUUAUUGUAAACUGGUUACACCGCAUACUGACUGAAUGCAGAAUAGAUAUUGCGUAAAGAAAUAAAAUAGACAUUAGCGUUAUACUACUAUGCAUACAAGCCUUUAUGAAGAUUCACCUUUCUUAUUUAUGCCAGGGUGAUGCUCUGUGUGGAACUGUCAGAUGCCAAAAUAUGUUUUGCUUGGACAAGGCAGUGCUUCUCCUCUGCAGUGUGAUUGUGAGCUGGGAACUAAAGGUUAACAUCUGCUAUUAUGGAUAUGGAAAAAAAACUUUACAUGUGACAAAAGCUUGAUUUGUAAAAUAAUGAAUUGGCAUUUUUAGAAAUACCCCUAGGCAUAUUUCCCAAAAUGUUUUAAAAAAAAGAAAAUAAAUGAUUGCUAAUUUGAUUUAGAUUUGAAGUAAAAACAUAUCUGAAUACAGAUGAAAUGUAUAUUGAUAAUUCCCAGCUCACAACAUGUCCUGUUUAGUAAUGAGGAAGGAUGCUUGAACACUUUGUACCUCAGUUUAACUGCUGUUAAAAUGUGUGUAUUCAACGGACUCAAUUGCACUUUCAGUUCAGUCAAUUCAAGGACUUUCCCACUCUGGAAAGAAAAUAUUUCCCAUUAUUGAAAAUUUCAAUUCACAUUUAUAGCAUUUAUAUCAGUUCAAUUGACUGAGCUGAAGGUUAUAGGACUGUCCAAGCUGUAUCAAUGCUGCUUUUAUUUCACUUAUAAUCACAAGCUCUUUGGAGAGAAGUGUCUUAUCUGCCUUUUUCACUUCAGGUAUAGCAACUAAAACCGGGUUCAUUUCUAUGAAUUUGUUCUUUUUCCAUUUUUCAGUCUUGUUCCGGGGUUCUAACCUGUAUUCUGUUGUGUGGAUUAAUUGAAUAUUGUCAGUAGUUCUGGUGUUACCUGUGCACUGUCACCUAAACUGAUCACAGCUGGAGGAGGGGUGGACAAGAGACGGAAACUUGUUGAAUUUCUCGCACCGUUGUUCCCUAAAUGGCUCGUAACAGCAAGUAAUCCCAACAAUGAUACUAAAAUGGUACUUAUUAUCACUGAAAUAAAAAAGUUAGCUUC